UUAUUAAUCUGACCCAAAUUCUCCAUUUUGGUACACGCCAAAGCCUUCCAUUUCGCCGGAUUGAAAGAGCCAUCAAUCACUAUGAUCUCUUUCUUAGAAAAGAAAUUGCGUAAAUUCUGCGUUUUUCUCUCCCAUGCUUUCCGUUGGUCAACAACCAACUAAAGUGCUCUAUACUUCUUCACUACUCGUACAGGGAAGGUGGAAGAAAUUCAGUCUCUCUUUUUUUUGGGGGGAGCAGAGCAGUCAAAGAAUGAACCAAACCAAAUGAUUGUUCUAGAAUGGCUAUUCCUCACAAUUGCUCCUUGUGAUGCAGCGGAACCAUGGCAAUUAGGAUCUCAAGACGCAGCAACACCUAUAAUGCAAGGAAUAACAGACUUACAUCACGAUGUCUUUUUCUUCGUUAUUCUGAUUUUGGUUUUCGUAUCAUGGAUCUUGGGUCGCGCUUUAUGGCAUUUCCACUAUCAAAAAAAUCCAAUCCCGCAAAGGAUUGUUCAUGGAACUACUAUCGAGAUUCUUCGGACCAUAUUUCCUAGUAUCAUCCCUAUGUUCAUUGCUAUACCAUCAUUUGCUCUGUUAUACUCAAUGGACGAGGUAGUAGUAGAUCCAGCCAUUACUAUAAAAGCUAUUGGACAUCAAUGGUAUCGGACUUAUGAGUAUUCGGACUAUAACAGUUCCGAUGAACAGUCACUCACUUUUGACAGUUAUACGAUUCCAGAAGAUGAUCUAGAAUUGGGUCAAUCACGUUUAUUAGAAGUCGACAAUAGAGUGGUUCUACCAGCAAAAAGUUAUAUACGUUUUAUUGUAACAUCUGCUGAUGUACCUCAUAGUUGGGCUGUACCUUCCUUAGGUGUCAAAUGUGAUGCUGUACCUGGUCGUUUAAAUCAGACCUCUAUUUCGGUACAACGAGAAGGAGUUUACUAUGGUCAGUGCAGUGAGAUUUGUGGAACUAAUCAUGCCUUUAUGCCUAUCGUCGUAGAAGCUGUUCCUAGGAAAGAUUAUGGGUCUCGGGUAUCCAAUCAAUUAAUCCCACAAAGCCCGGAAGCUUAAGCGGAAAUGAAAGAGGAGGGUGAGGGAAGCCACUAAAUUGAGGGCUUCGCUCGCUCGCUCUAACGCUCCUUUAGUAGACAGCGAGUGGAGUGCAUAAGCCCCUUUAGAGAUAGGGGUGAGUACUACACGAGCUCGUAAGUCAAGUACGGAACGAGCCUUGUCUACGAAGCAGAGCGACCUCAUCUUGUUUGCUUCUGGCGAAGCUUCUAGCUAUAAAUAAUAGGAAUUCUGGUAUGGCAGGAAUACUGUCGACCAUUACGAGCGAUAGCGAAGCCAAGCCGUAUAAAGGCGAGCAGCCCUUAUAGCAAUAGCAAACGGCCUACUUAUAGCCUAUCAACAGGUCAGUCAAUAUCAGUAGGGGCCCUCUUGCCUAACGGAGUCAGCCCAACAUGGACAAUGAUAGGCAGACCAAAGAUUUACGCAGUCCUUGCGUGCUUGCUUUGCGCACUGGCAUAGCAGAAUUCUAAUCCGCUGGCUCAGAUGAGUGGCUCUUGGCUUCGUAAACAUAUCCAUGUUCUUGCUUUUUCACUACCAAUGAGUAGGCAGCUUUGGAUGCUUAUGGAGAUAUGGCUUUGGUAAAGAUCUGCUUAGCGUGUGCUUUCUCGGGUGCUACAACGAAUAGAGAUAGUCAGACUCUAACUUGAGAAUGUUAUAGCGCUGUGAAAUAAGGACAUUCUGAUCGACCCGAUUGGCUCUCGUUCUGGUUUGGCGGAAAGGUGAAAAGCACAAAAUCCUUCUUCCUGGUUGGUGUACUAGGGCGAGGCGAAUCCCAACCCCUUCGUUAGCUAGCUUAGCUUUCCCUCUUUUCAAUCUAUAUCAGAUCCUCCAUUACUUCUUCGCCAAUACCUUUUAGCUUUCCUUUAGCUGCUACUUUUUCCCAGUCCACGCCCAAUCAGAGUAGUCAGUGUGCCUGCUCCGUCCUUCUUUGACGAAAUGGAUGCUGUAGGAGAGGUUGGGAAGGAGGGACUUCGCUAAAGAUGGUCUGUGCGCGAGGAAGGUCUUUUUCCUUUCUCCUUCCAUUGCUUGACUAGGUUCGCUUUGCAAGGAAGGGAAGGCAUCCGUGCAGGUAGAAAAAGGCGGAGGUCAAGCUAUGGGCACAAGGAGGUAAGGUAUAGUAAGUUACUUCUUCGUCUUUUGCUUGUCAUUGGAUUGGAAGCCGCAGGCGAUGCCUUCUUGCUUGUGUAGUUGGCCUUGCCUGCUUAGUGCGGAAGUGCGUAAAGUAGGCUCAUUCUUUGGUUUCUAAAGAUCUUGUAGUAGCCGAAGGUAGUCCGCCUGUUAGAUUGAAUUGAAUCUUAUAUAACAACCGGGGCCUUAUUAAUUUAGAGACUUUCUCAAUAGUAUAAGUGGACCUCUCAAAGGUAUAAGUAGACAUUAGUCUUGCUGGUUCGGGCGGUAAGGCCCUCGGUAAGCUCGGGUUAGCCUGUCAGGGUGAAUGCAGGUAGUGGAUGUAGCUUUUCUUCUGAAGCGUCUUAGUUCGUAGCUGCCGAAGUGUAGCAUUGAGGUGAGGAGCGCGCUAGCUAGGUGGAGUCUCCUUUCGGAACUACUUCUUUUCCUUUCUCUCUCUGCUAUCCCAUCCACUGAACUGUCAGUAUCGAGACAAGUUCGGAAUGUUGGCUGAGCGUAGACUAGUCUGUUCAGGCAGUCACAGGCUUGCUAAAGCUAAAAACGGAACGACGCUUCUCACUGACUACAUCAGAAGCGAAAUCCUCAACUUCAAAUACAAUGCGAGCUGGAACGGGGUUACCUUAGCUACUGUGGUGUACAUAUGCCAGGAAUCACACCAUAGCCGGAGUCGAUCGAGUGAGGAUAAACCUACCUACCUUGGGGAAGGGCCAGAUCUUGAUGUAGAAAGGAGCUCUCAAGCUGAGGCGGAGAAGAAAGCUUACGAUUCUGUUGGUGUGAAGUGAGCUCUAACAAUCGAAGCGGCUAAAGGAGCCUGCUUUGCUGACCCUACGAGGAAGUGUUGCUCAUUAAAGUCAGCUUCAAACUUCCGGUAACCGCUUAUCCCAAGGUAGGUGGGCUUAGAUAAGAAAUAUAGGCAUUUUUCUCUAUAUCAAUCCUUCGAUAAAGCACUCAAACCAACGAGUAAGGAAAGGAGGCCUUGAGUUGAUAUUUAAAAGAAGGAGUUCGUCCUGGUGUGCUGCUUCCUUUCCUGCCACUACUUUUUGAGUAAAAAACUCCUCUUUGGUUUAAUUCAUAUUCAACUUUCUCUAGCAGAAUUAGACUUUCAUUUCUAUUUCUUCAAAUCCAGCAUGACAUGUGUCAAGAAGCGAACCCAUCAAAGAAAAGUUCGAAAAUCCUGUUUUGGCGAAUUCAAUGUUUCCAUAUAGAUGACCUUCCCUCCGGGCAGGAAAUCAUAUAUUGAAUAGAGGGUACUCCACCUCUGUAGAGGAUACAACACAUUGAAAUAAAGGAAUUGGUGGAUCUCUCCCAUCAGACAGAUCAACGGCACCGGGCAUGGGAUACACAGGCAGGAGAGCCGAUUUGACCGCGCAGACUAAAUGAGCGCCAUUUUUUUAAAGCGAAAGCGCUGUGCCAACUUGCGUACAAGAUUUAUAUGUGGAUUUGAUACUAUAGUCAAAUCCUCUUCAUAAGUCCUUUCUUACAGGCUAUUCAAGGUCUAUUGGCUUUCUUGCUUAUGCGGUACUUCGAAGGCUAAGCCUCGUUUAUGCACCGAGAAAGAUCGUCGGUAGGAAAGCUCUGUUAUGCACCAACGAGGGCCCACUUCCCUAUAUGCGCUUAGGGAAGGGGAAAAGCUUGAUUCUCAUAGAUUAGACAAUACACAUGUGCAAACAAGAAAAUCAAACUAUCUUCUUAUUGAUACUAUAUAUUUCUCCUUUCCCCUAUAGAUCCACCUUUCUUCAAAAUAAAGAUAUAGCAACUAAAAGAAAGCUAAAUCGAAUCGGAAUAGGAUAAAGAACGCACGAAGGAUCAGAGAGAAAGAGGAUUCUAAAAGCUCAAAGCAUAGAAGACUAGAUUGUCAGACUCGGAGGUAGCAGUAAGAUCUCUGUCUCCAGAGAAGGCAUGAGGGUUUUCUAAAAGUCUCCUCUCAUUACUUAUGGAUAAAGCUCUUAAGCUUAAGCUUUUACGAACGGAAAGAUCUUCCCAUUCUAAAUAAGAAUGAGAGUCUUUCAACUAGAUGUGCUCCUUUGGCUGGGUUUGAGAGAGAGAGCGUGAGAUAGUUGGUCUAAUAACUAGUCCAACUUCCUUGUAUCUGAAAGCGAUG